UCGUAGUCCAAUUAGUCCAAAAACAAACACUGGUUUGAAUGGCUUUUUCGUAUACAAUAUUGAUGACUAUCAUAACAUACAUAAAAUAAGACGUCCCGAUACUGUAUCGCUCUCAGCACCAAUCCAUUUUGCAACUUGUAUCAGCAAGGAAAUUUCUAAGUGCGCUCCUAUUCCAAUUAAUUAUAACAGUGGUUUAGUUCAUAACCCUAAAAAUGUAGAUGUGCCGUUAAUUUGUCUAAAUUUAAUCACGAAUUAUCACGGAAUCUUUGAUCUUUCGUAUUCACAAAAGAAGAAUCAGUGGGUUGCUUCACAAAAAACAGAGUUACUUAAUUUUGAUAAAAUCGACCUUCUUUCUGUUCAUUGCUAUGAUGAUGCUAUUAAAAAUCUGCAAAAAGAAAGAAGUACAAAAGGA